GCGGGCCAAGAUGGCUGCGGCCAGCUGAGCGCUCGCGUGGUGCACUCACGGUGCUAUACCGGCAGUCAUGUCGGGCCGCCAGGGCAACAAACUGCCCAGCAACCUUCCCCAGCUGCAGAACCUCAUCAAGCGCGACCCCACCUCUUACACCGAGGAGUUCCUGCAGCAGUACCACCACUACCAGUCCCAUGUGGAGAUCUUCACCUUCCAGCCGGACAAGCCCAGCAAGGAGCUGGCCGAACUGCUCAUGUUCCUGGCGCAGGUUGCCCACUGCUACCCCGAGCACAUGGCCAGCUUCCCGCAGCAGCUGAAGGAGCUGCUCUCGUACCACCACACGGUGCUGGACCCCGAGCUGCGCAUGACCUUUUGUAAGGCUCUGAUCCUGCUGAGAAACAAGAAUCUAAUCAAUCCCACGAGUUUGCUGGAGCUCUUCUUUCAAUUGCUGCGCUGUCAUGAUAAGCUGCUACGAAAGACCUUGUACACUCACAUUGUGACRGACAUCAAGAAUGUCAAUGCUAAACACAAAAACAAUAAAGUGAACACGGCGUUGCAGAAUUUCAUGUACACAAUGUUGAGAGACAGCAAUCCCACUGCUGCCAAGAUAUCUCUGGAUGUGAUGAUUGAGCUUUACAGAAGGAAUAUUUGGAAUGAUGCCAAAACAGUCAAUGUCAUCACAACUGCCUGCUUUUCCAAAGUGACCAAGGUGUUAGUUGCUAGUUUGAAGUUCUUCCUUGGGAAAGAUGAAGAUGAAAAACAAGACAGUGACUCAGAGUCUGAGGAUGAUGGUCCCACAGCCAGAGAUCUGAUGAUGCGCUAUGCGACCAACAAGAAAACCACCAAGCGCAAGAAGAAACUGGAGAAGGCCAUGAAGGUCCUCAAGAAGCAGAAAAAGAAAAGCAAGCCAGAGGUGUUCAACUUCUCUGCCAUUCACUUGAUUCAUGAUCCCCAGGACUUUGCUGAGAAACUGCUGAAGCAGCUGGAGAACUGCAAGGAGCGAUUUGAAGUGAAGAUGAUGCUCAUGGAUCUAAUAUCCAGGCUGGUUGGAAUACAUGAGCUUUUUCUUUUUAAUUUCUACCCCUUUGUUCAGAGGUUCCUGCAGCCACAUCAGAGGGAAGUGACAAGAAUUCUUCUAUUUGCUGCRCAGGCUUCACAUCAGCUGGUACCACCUGAGAUUAUCCAGUCAGUGUUGAUGACCAUUGCCAACAACUUUGUCACAGACAAGAAUUCUGGGGAGGUCAUGACUGUAGGAAUCAAUGCAAUAAAAGAAAUCACUGCGAGAUGUCCCUUAGCCAUGACUGAAGAUCUGCUCCACGACCUUGUUCAGUACAAGACUCAUAAAAAUAAAAAUGUGAUGAUGUCUGCAAGAACUCUGAUCCACCUGUUUCGCACUCUGAAUCCAGAGAUGUUGCACAAGAAGUUCAGGGGUAAGCCUACUGAGGCCUCUGUGGAAGCCAGGAUUCACGAGUAUGGAGAACUGGAUGCCAAAGACUACAUUCCAGGAGCAGAAGUACUGGAGGUUGAGGAUCAAAAUGAAAAGGGAGGAACCCAAGAGGAAGAUGGCUGGGAAAGUGCUAGUUUGAGUGAGGAGGACAAUGAAGAUGGAGAAUGGAUUGAUGUGCACCACUCCUCAGAUGAGGAGCAGCAAAAAGUAGCAGAAGAAGUGAAAAACAUGCCCAUGGAGGAAAGAAAAGCUAAAGCUGCAGCAGUCAGUACAAGCAGACUGCUAACUCAGGAAGACUUCAAGAAAAUACGUCUUGCCCAGCUUUCCAAAGAACUUAAUUCUGCACCUGGCAAAGCUGCAAAGCGGAAAUACCUUGAAAUAGAUGAUGAAGAGGAGGAGGGCAGGGGGGAGUUGCUUUCACUCAGAGAUAUUGAACAUCUGCAUAAGAAGCCCAAGUCAGACAAGGAGACCAGACUGGCAACUGCAAAGGCUGGAAAAACAGACAGAAAAGAAUUUGUGAAAAAGAAAACCAGAAUCAACCCAUUUGCCAGCUCUUCCAAUAAAGAAAAACAAAAGAACAAGAAYUUCAUGAUGAUGAGAUACAGCCAUAGUGUCCGGACCAAGAACAAGCGUUCCUUUAGGGAGAAACAGCUGGCUCUUCGAGAUGCGCUGCUGAAAAAGAGGAAACAGCUGUUAAAAUAAAUGCUGCAGAGAACUUUAUCACCCCUGAAGAAAUAGCCCUGGAAAUGCCUAUUUCCACCCACCACCACCCUGAGGGAAAGAAGGACCCUGGUGCCUUAGGGACUUUGCUCUGAUCUGUUCAGAAAUGCAAAUGGAACUCUUGCAAGAUGAUGGAUACCACAUCUAUAGGACAGAGGCCUUAAUCCUUGGAGGAUUUAAAUUUGUUUAUAAAGCAUUCUAGGGAAGAAGGCAAUUAUAUUUUUAUUUAAUGUAAUUUACUUAGUGGGUUUUGUAUGUGCAAGUAUUAAAAUACAGAACCUUAUGGUAAAAGUUCUACUUGAGGCAAUUAAUGACUAAGGACAGGAAAAGUAUUCUGGUCAGUCUAUACAGAAUAUGUUUUUAGUGCCUGCCUGUCUUAGGAGAGUGUUUAGGCAGAGUAAGCUGUUGUCCCAGCAGCUGCUUUUGACCAAUUAAUAAGACCAAUUCAUCUGUGAUGGAGGUAAGCUCAGAUCAAGAGUUAGGAAGAAGAGCUUCAUUAUGGCUUAGGAAGAAAACAGAAAUAAAAUUAAUGUUUGGGAGAUGGUUUUGGUUUUUUUUGUUGCCAUUUAAAUCCAAAGAUAGCAUCAUCUGCAAGAGGGAAAAGGAAUGGUUUUUUUUUUUUUUUAGUGGUGUCUUCUGGUGUGUUUUGCUGUCCAUUGGCAAGUACAUACAACAGUAACAUGAAUGUCUGGAUUCUUUAUUUAGGCUUUAUCUUGUGUUUCAGCCUUGUCCUCUGCUGGGACCAUUAAUGGSCUCUUUGUAGCUUCCCCAGCUACCUGUUUUCAUGAAGUUGAUAAAUUAUUUAUAAGUUGAGAGAAUUACUUAUGCCAUACUUGGUCAAAAUYUGUUGGAAAUGGAUUUCUUUGUGGUGCAGAAGAUGUCACAUGCUCAGUAUAAUGGAAAUGCAUUUGAUGGGGUGCUUUUUUCCCGUCUUUUUUUAGGAAGCCAGGUUCAUGUUCAUAUCCCAUGUGGUAAUUCGCUAUUUGUUGAACACAUAUUUGUAAUAACUUGAAUUCUUUAUUGUGUUGAUUUUGUGUUUGUUUUGUUGUCACAUUGCUUCCUGAAGAAAAAACCCUUAGGCUUUAGGGAGAGAGAGACCAAGUAGGAUUUUUUAAUCGUGUGCUAUGUUGUGUUCAAAUUUUAUGUUCCUGCUGAGGGAAUGGCAGGGAUUGGUGCUUGGCAAGGACAGCAGUGAGCUGUCAGGUGGAACAUGUGUAGCUGGGAGCUGGAGUGGUGUGGGGAUG